AUGACGCGCUUGAAGAAACCCGCAGCAGAGUCCCGUGCGGAGAAGGACAGUCGCGGACGGAGAAGAGAUGACAACAAACAAACAAACAGAGGAGAUAAAAAGCCGCCGCGUCGCUUUCAGCUCGGAACUCUAUCUGUCUUUGAGCUGAGCAGUGUGCGCGCGUGCUGCUGCCUCCCUCCUCCUCCCCCCUCGUCCUCCUCCUCCCUCCUGCCUCCCUCCUCCUGCCUCCCCCAUGGGCUCGAGUGGGAGAGGAGCCAAUGCAAGCGGAGGGGAGGCGUGUCUUCGCGCUACACCGAGACCUCCCAGUGCAGGUUGUUGCGUUCGGGCUCUAAAGCCUGGAGACCUCCGAAGUGCGCGUCAGUUUCACAAGUAGGAGCCAUGGCGACAACAGCUCAGUACAUCCCGCGGAAUAACUCCUUGCCGUCUAACCCGCUCAUGCAUCCGGACUCGGACAGGAUGCACCAAGGGACGACUUACAGAGAGGUGCAGAAAAUGAUGCACCACGAGUAUUUGCAGGGGCUUGCAGCCACGAACACGGGACAUCCGAUGAGUUUGACGCACCACCAGUGGCUGCCCACGUCCAACACCGACUGGUCGAGCAGCAGCCACAUCCAGCAGGAGCACAAGAGCAGCGUCCAGAGCCGCGAGGACCUGACCACGAGCUUCCAUCACAGGUCCCACCUGGUGCACCAGCAGCAGAGCGCGCACCACGGCUCAUGGGCGCCCAGCACCACGCAUCAUCUGUCCCCGCUCUCCCCCGCGUCCAACGGCCACCAGUCCUUGGUGUACUCGCAGCCCGGGUACACGAACCUCAACGCGAUGAUGAGCCCGCUCAGCCACGGCAUGCGCGACUCGCUCCACGACGACACGUCCGGCGGCCACGACAACCAGCUGGAGUCCCCGCAGCAGUUCAGCCAUCACCAAGACCACUCGGACGAGGACGCCCCCAGCUCCGACGACUUGGAGCAGUUCGCCAAGCAGUUCAAGCAGCGCAGGAUCAAACUGGGCUUUACGCAGGCGGACGUGGGCCUCGCGUUGGGCACCCUCUACGGGAACGUCUUUUCUCAGACCACUAUCUGCAGGUUUGAGGCUCUGCAGCUCAGCUUCAAGAACAUGUGCAAACUUAAGCCGCUGCUAAACAAGUGGCUGGAGGAGACGGACUCGAACACAGGCAGUCCCACCAAUUUGGACAAGAUCGCGGCGCAGGGCAGAAAACGAAAGAAGAGGACGUCCAUCGAAGUUGGUGUGAAGGGAGCGCUGGAGAAUCAUUUCUUAAAAUGCCCAAAGCCAUCCGCGCACGAAAUCAGCACUUUAGCCGGCACUCUGCAGCUGGAAAAAGAGGUAGUGCGCGUGUGGUUUUGUAAUAGAAGACAAAAAGAGAAAAGAAUGACACCAGUGGGGGUCCCGCACCCGAGUAUGGACGAUGUAUAUUCCCAGGCAGAGACCCCUCCUCUACACCGCACACUACAGAGCCCUGUGCAGUGA